AUAAGUACCUUCCUUUCCCUUUUCUCUUGAUAGUGAAAGAAUCAGUGGUAAUUGUUGGGUAAGAGAUAUGGCGAUGCUACAGAGAAGAAUCUUGAAAAGAACCUUAGAAGAAGCCAAAGCCAGAUUCAACUUCAAUUGUAACCGUAUACGUUCUACCUGCUCUUCCUUCUCCAAGGUCACUUCUUCUUCUGCUGCCGCCGCCGGUACAGCGUCCGACAAUGUCCUACCUCAGCUUCCACCGUUUGAUUACCAUCCGAAACCGUACAACGGACCAUCGGCCGAUGAAAUCCUUGCGAAGCGGAAGAAGUUCUUAGGCCCAUCUCUCUUCUACUACUACCAAAAGCCGUUGAAUAUUGUUGAAGGAAAAAUGCAAUAUCUGUAUGAUGAAAGCGGCAGGAGAUAUUUGGAUGCAUUUGCUGGAAUCGUAACGGUGUCGUGUGGUCAUUGCCAUCCGGAGAUUCUGAAUGCAAUAGUAGAGCAAAGUAAAAUUCUCCAGCAUGCUACCACAAUUUAUCUCCAUCACGCGAUUGCUGAUUUUGCUGAGGCUUUAGCUUCCAAAAUGCCUGGAAAUCUCAAGGUUGUAUAUUUCGUGAAUUCUGGGAGUGAGGCGAAUGAGUUAGCCAUGCUGAUGGCCAGGCUAUACACUGGUAGUCUUGGUAUGAUUUCCUUGAGAAAUGCAUACCACGGUGGAAGUUCUAAUACUAUUGGACUCACUGCGCUAAACACAUGGAAGUACCCAAUACCAGAGGGUGAAAUCCAUCAUGUCAUGAAUCCAGAUCCUUUUCGUGGAGUCUUUGGCUCUGAUGCUACUCGUUAUGCCAAAGAAGUACAAGAUCACAUCGAGUUUGGUACUUCAGGAAAAGUUGCUGGGUUUAUAGCAGAAACCAUUCAGGGAGUUGGAGGAGCAGUUGAACUAGCCCCAGGAUAUUUGAAACAGGUUUAUGACAUUAUAUGCAAGGCUGGUGGUGUCUGCAUUGCAGAUGAAGUACAAACAGGAUUUGGUCGCACGGGAAGCCAUUAUUGGGGUUUUGAGACUCAAGGUGUCAUUCCCGACAUAGUUACCAUGGCAAAGGGUAUUGGCAAUGGAUUACCGUUAGGGGCAGUGGUGACAACACCAGAAAUAGCGAGUGUGAUGGCUCAAAAAAUUCAGUUUAACACUUUUGGUGGAAAUCCUGUAUGUUCUGCUGGUGGACUUGCAGUGCUCAGGGUGAUAGACAAGGAGAAGCGUCAAGCACAUUGUGCUGAUGUUGGUUCUCACUUGAUUGGACGCUUGAGAUCUUUACAGGAAAAACAUGAGAUCAUCGGUGAUGUCAGAGGCAGGGGAUUAAUGGUGGGCAUAGAACUCGUUACUGAAAGGAAGGAGAAGACACCGGCCAAGGCAGAAACUGCCAUCCUGUUUGAGAAAAUGAGAGAACUCGGAGUUUUACUCGGGAAAGGUGGACUACACGGAAAUGUUUUCAGAAUAAAGCCGCCAAUGUGUUUCAGCAAAGAUGAUGCCGAUUUUCUGGUUGAUGCUUUGGAUUAUGCAAUGUCGAAGUUGUGAGCAAAAAUGGUUAUGUAACUUCUCGAUCCUUAGGCAUAUAAGUUAAAGCGUGAUCUUCUGUUUAAAAAUAAUACUAAUAAUUAAAAUGCAUUCUCUUUGCAUUUGGAUGUGUCAAAGGAUCAAUAAGUUCCAGCAUAAUUAUCUUUUUAAUGUUGUGAAGUAUAUUUCUGUG